CACCAUGCUGUGGGCGGUGCAAGUGGGAUUGACAGAUCAGCCGAUCAAUGGGGUGCUGUCUCGCUCUUUGGAGAAGAUUGUCUACCAUGCCCGCUACCAACCAAAGGGCUUAAACUAUGACAUCGCUCUAUUGAAGCUAACAGAGCCUCUGACCUUUAAUGGUCUGGUUGAGCCUAUCUGCCUACCGAACUAUGGGGAGAGAUUUGAGGAGGGGAAGAUGUGCUGGAUCUCUGGGUGGGGUGCCACAGUGGAUGGAGGGGAGACCAGUGUGUCCAUGCACUCUGCCCAGGUCCCUGUGCUCUCCAGCAGGGACUGCAGUGGACCGGGAGUGUACCAGGGUGCCAUCUCCCCUUGGAUGGUCUGUGCAGGCUACCUAGAGGGGGGCAAAGACUCUUGCCAGGGGGAUAGCGGAGGCCCUCUGGCCUGUGAGGAGUCAUCAGUGUGGAAGCUGGCGGGGGCCACUAGCUGGGGCUAUGGCUGUGCUGGGAGGAACAAUCCUGCCAUGUACACUCUCAUCUCACACGCUCUGACCUGGAUCCACCAGCAGAUGGAGGUGAAUUCUACUGUUGGUACUGUAUACUGGUGCACUGAGGAACUCUGCUGGUGGCAGACAGUACUGCAAUACUGUUAAGGCUGCUAUGCAAAGGAGAGAGAUACAUGGUUUAAAUGGACAGUCCACCCCAAAAUCAAAGUCAGAUGUUUUCAGACGUCAAAAUGAAUUUAGGCCUGGAUUUACUAAUAGUUUCACCAGUUGCAGAA